AUGCUAGAAAACCUGCGAAUCGAUCUCAGCCACAUACCUACGACUAAACAUAACUACCUCCCAACAUCCCAUGAUCCGACUAUCGAUUCUGGACUCAAUGCCGGGCGAUUCUCCUCUACCCAGCCGGAAGCCCCUGUUACUCCCAUCAUCGAUAAAGACUGGGAUUGGGAGGCUCCCGUUCUUCGAUCCAGGGCCCUGCCGUCGUCUUUGCCCACUGGUUCUUAUAACGCCCGUCGCAUGCUCCUUGACACCCUUGCGGAUGAGCCCUCCAUGUCACAAUUCUCACAAGUUCCAGGCCCGUCUAUGACAAUGACGCAACAAGCUCGGCGGUUCCGUGACAUUUGUCCUCCCGAAUCGCUUACCCGCUUCUUUUCUCAUGUGCCCUCUGCCCACAUUAUUCAGAUGCUCAGCGACGCACUGCAUCAGCUAAACGUGCCUUUGGCACCCGUCACGCCUAAUCCCAACAGUAGCCCCAUAGUCACCAUCAAGAUCCGUGCCGUCGAUGGUCGUCGACAGAGUCUGCACGGAGAAAUAUGCGUGGAUAAGCAGCCGCUUCCAGAUGGCUUCGAAGUGCUAGACAUUCGGUUUGUCAAGAUCAAGGGAGAUCCCCUAGAGUGGCGGCGAUUCUUCAAAAAGGUGGUAGUGCUCUGCAAGGAUGGAGUCUAUGUCCCAGAAGCCUAG